AAUUAGCUCGCUGCGGCGUCAGUUCAAUUUUGGAUGCGAACGCGCGAGGUUGUCGGCUGUACGUGAUCUGCUCUUCGUCGUACUCUACGAACUGUGCAGCAGGAUAAUUAAGCGUGACGCGUGUGCGUAACAUAAAAAUAAACAUUAAGCGGCUGUUGGCCCGUCAGUGUGCGUCGUCAAAUGAAACUGAAUCUGUGCUAAGGAAAAUUCACAAAAAAAAAGUAAAAAAUAAGAAAAAGGCGAACGGAAACCAAAAAUUCCUGCCACACAAAUCAUAAAGCGCAGGGGCCCUACACCGGUUUCUGUUUGUUUGUUGGUUUUUUUCAUUAUUUUUUUUGCGCGCGACUCAGAGAACAUAAAGCAAACAGUAAGAGGAGAACGCGAAAUCAAAGAAAUUCUUCAACUCACGCCAUGAUUAAGUCACAGAUAAAGGUGAGCCGGCUGUUGCUGAGCUCCGCUCUCAUCAUCUGUUCUUGCAGCUGCGUGCGCGCAUCGCCGACAUCGCAAACGAACGUCGGCAUAACCCAGGGCCCGAACGGACGAACAACUGUCAAGGAACAGAGCCCAAUUCAAAUGCCUUGCGUCUACCAACUGCCGGACUCGUACAGGCAGAGCAACAGCGUCACUUUACGCUGGCGCAAAGAUGGCAAGGCUUUGCGUCAGGUGGAGCUGGGCCUGGCGAGCAGCACCACCAGUGAGCCGCAGCUGGAGACAAUGCUGCGGGAAGAUGCGCGCCUAACGCUCAACAAGGAGACCGGCUCGCUGCACUUUGCCAGCGUUUUGGCCAGCGAUGCGGGUGUCUAUCAAUGCCAAUUGCUUGUUGAGGGACAGUCGGCGGUCACCUCUGGCAGCGGUACAUUGGAGGUGAUUGAGCAGCUCAAGUUUAUGCCGCAGCCAACAUCCAAGAACCUGGAACUGGGCAGUGUUAGCAAGGUGCAUUGUAAGGCGCAGGGUACGCCGCCGCCCCAAGUCAAAUGGAUGCGGGAAACCCAAUUGCCAUUGCCGACAAAUGUCACCGAUCACAAUGGCACGCUGAUAUUUCGCGGCGUCUCCAAUGAGCAGCGUGGUCAAUACACUUGCUUCGCAUCGAACAGUCAGGGCCAGAUAAGUGCCACAGUCACCAUCAAUGUGGUGGUGGCGCCCAAGUUCAGUGUGCCGCCCGUGGGGCCCAUUGAGGUGAACGAAGCCGGUGUCGCUGUCAUGCACUGCCAGGCUACGGGCGAGCCGAAGCCAACGAUACAGUGGGACAAGGAUUUGGCUUACCUCAACGAGAACAAUACAGAUCCGUUGCGGUUUCGACUGCUAGAGAAUGGCACACUGGAGAUACACGAUGUGCAGCCGGAGGAUGAGGGACGCUAUGGCUGCACCAUUGGGAGCAGCGCGGGCUUCAAGCGCGAGGACGUCAUGCUGGUAGUCAAGAGCAAUAAGUCGACAUCCAAUUCUAUUGUGACCCGAAUCAUAAUUGUGAUUAUCUGUCUGGCAUUUCUCUACUUUGUGCUGGUGCUGGGCCUGAAGCUGUGGUAUCGCUAUCGCCGCCACAUGGGCAAGGUGCAGCUGGACGAUGCGGCACAUGCGGCUGUCGAUGCCGAUGGCCAUGAGCAUGCCGAGCACGAGCCCUGCCUGACCGAGGCGAACUCCAGCAAAAAUCUGAAGAGCAAACUACGAGAGAGCACCAUACUGGAGCAGGACUCGCAGGUGGCCGAUGAUAUUGUCUAGGAUAUGGCAUCAUCCAGAUUGGCUCUCCAGUUGCCAUUUUCAAUGAUCUCUAGGCUGGUCUCCGGCCAUGCGAUAUGUUAAUCCCAAUUGUUUGUUGAACGUGUAAAGCCCUUACCU